AACCAACACGUUCAAAACUUUUAUAAAUACAACUUCUUUAAUAACUAUUCGACACGUUCUCUUACACUCAUUACUAAAACUUACCAGCACUAUAAUACUAUUAGUGACAUCAGUUACUAUAAAAGUAUACUGCAACUGUUAUAGCGAGUAUCAACGUAAAUACAAUAUAUUUUCUUUUACUUAAUGCCGUCAUAAUACAGAAUGUCGCAACACACCGGAAACCAUUCUGAUCAGGCACAUCAAAACAGUCCUGGUGUGCGGAGAAGUGAACAGAAUUCCACAACUGUUUCGCCUGUAAGAACUAUCAUAAACACAACUACUCAAAGAACUACUUAUGACCGGCACAUACCUCAAAGAACUCCUGAUCCGGUCAAUGAUUAUCGUCAAUUGCGUAUUGAUGAUAAUACAAAAAAGCGAAAAAUUUCAGUGAUCGAAGAAGAUGCACAGCAAGAAGAGGACGGUCGUAUCUAUAGAGCUGUGCUUGGAAAGUCGAUGUUUCCUCUUAAGGAUACAACGGAUGAAAUUAUUCGACGUAUAAAUAAUAGUAGUCCAUCCAAAGUACAGAAAACAGUAUUACCCUACAGCACACCGACAAAGAGACGAUCAAACGCUAUUGAUUCGCCUUUCAGAAAUUCUUAUUCAUCAAGUCCUCUUCCAUUUGAAGCGCAAAUGAUUCUAACUAGUCCACGCAAACCACUGAGGUAUAUUAGUAAACAUCCAUAUAAAGUACUUGACGCGCCAGACCUUCAGGAUGAUUUUUAUUUGAACUUAGUUGAUUGGUCCUCAAAUAAUGUUUUAGGAGUAGGUCUGGGUACUUGUGUUUAUCUUUGGAGUGCAGCUACAUCAAGGGUCAUUAAACUAUGUGAUAUGGCAAGCCAAGGAAAUCAUAGGAACAGCGCAGAGAACGUUACAUCAGUUAGUUGGAUGCCAACGGGUUCGCACAUAGCUGUUGGUACAGCUUUAGGUCCCGUCGAAAUUUGGGAUGUACAAAAAAGCAAAAGAGUUAGAAAAAUGAGAGGUCAUACCCAACGAGUUGGUGCCCUGGCUUGGAACCAAUAUACAGUCAGCUCAGGAAGCCGUGACAGACUGAUUUACCAUAGAGAUGUAAGAGUACCAAAUGAGUUCACAACAAAAUUAACAGGACAUAGACAGGAGGUUUGUGGCCUCAAAUGGAAUCCGGAAGGAACACAACUUGCCAGUGGGAGCAACGAUAACAAACUCCUAAUUUGGGACAAUGCAAGUGACAUUCCUAUUUAUAAAUUCCUUCAUCAUACAGCAGCUGUUAAAGCAAUUGCUUGGAGUCCACAUUCACAUGGUCUUUUAGCAAGCGGUGGUGGUUCUCAAGAUAAACACAUUAGAUUUUGGAGUACCUCAACUGGCGAAGCGUUGGAGUGUUAUGACACCGAGUCACAGGUUUGUAACCUUGCAUGGUCUAGACAUUCAAACGAACUUGUUUCAACUCAUGGAUAUUCUCAGAAUCAAGUAAUCCUCUGGCAAUACCCUUCCAUGGAACAAUUGGCAGUUUUGAGAGGUCAUACAUAUCGUGUCCUGUAUCUUUCCGUUUCACCUGAUGGGCAAAAUAUAGUUACUGGUGCUGGAGAUGAAACAUUGCGUUUUUGGAACAUUUUUAAUAACGGCGAAAAAGAAAAGAGACGUGAAUCUGUUUUUGACAUUCGCACACAAAUUCGUUAAUACUAUAUGAUUUUCAAUGGUAAAAAAUACUUAAUUACAGUAAUUCUUAUAUAUUAGCCAGUAAAAUUAAUAAAGCAUAAAAGUUUUUUGAAAAAAAAUAUUGAAUUAUAAUAAUUAUAAUCCUUUUUUUAUAAGUUUAAAGAUUAUUAUUUAAUUAUGCAAAUCAAUUUUUUUUCCUGCAAAUUUAUCAAGUAUAUAUGUAUAAUUUACCAUUAUAGCCAAAUAAUUUGAUGAUUAUUUUUUGUAUAAAUUUAAUAAGCUCACUAUUCUUGUAAUUACUAAGUUUUAAAGUGUCAAUUAAAAGAACUUUAUAUUUUUAAUAGAUUUAUCUUU